UUCAUCUGUUGCCACCAAAAUACAAACUCAACUCAAAUUUCUUCCCGAAAUAAAGGAGUCUUAUAUAUAUUUCAUUAUCCUUUUUUUCUGCUGUAAUAACAUUCAUCAUGGAAGACAAUGCAUCUGUUAUGAGCAGACGUGAAAUGGCGAAGCCGGACGGUGAAGAAGGGCCGGAGGAAAGUAGUUGGACGAUGUACUUUGAAGAUUUCUUCUCAGAGGACCCGAACAUUCACCAUCAUCAUGGUCAUGAUCAUCAUCACCAUCAUCAUCAUCAUCAUCAUCACGACAACGACUCUUCUAUGGUCUCAGACGCUGCUUCUUUUGUCGGGAUGAAGAAGAUGAUUUAUAACGUCCGUGUCCAGGAACCAUCUUCCUCCAAGAAGAAGAGAAGCAGAGAAGUUUCCAUCGCUUCUCCUGAUCUGGAAGACACUGCUUCCUCUCCUUCUAGAAGCCCUAAUGUUUGUAGCAUGAUGAACCUAUUGGGCAACAACAACAACAGACACGAGCAUGAUGACACAUGCAAUGCGAAAGGAAAAACGUCGGGGCAAGAUGAUGAUGAUGGUGAUGAUGAUGAUGGUGUUGGCUUAUCAUUAGACUUGAAGAAGAAAGGGCUGUGUUUGGUUCCUUUGUCUGUGGUCGCCAACUACCUCGGCUGAUGUAUUAAUCAAUCACACCAUUUUUCAUUUUAUUUAUUUUCCUAAAUUAUCAUCCUUAUGGCAUGAUUAUAUUUUGUAGAUAAAAUUUCCAACCAUGUGUAACAUGUAAAUCAAUUGUUAAUAUAUAGAUAAUAUACAUAUUUGCAUUUUAAUUA